CCCUGCCUUCAGCAAACGCCCGGCCCGGCCUCAGCACGCGUUGGGCACGUGCAUCAUGCCUGGCUUGUCCUCCACUACAAAUGGCGUGGAUAGCCCCGGGUUAAACUCCUCUUUCUUCAUCACGUUCAUGGGCGGAAAGAGCCCGGGCACAAUCGGGUUCUGUGUGCGUGGCGACUUGGCAUCCAAAGGCUUCAUCAGCACGGAGAAAGACACCGAGAGCGUGGCUAUAUCCGGACCAAUGCCUUGAUGGAAUUAAGCUGGCGCCAAGUGAGAACAAAGCCUGCUUUUUUCCAGCGUCAGCAAAAAGAAACGCGUGCGUACCGGGCAGCAAGAAAAAGACGGCUGCGUGAGAUGGACCCUUCCGCUCGGAGUCAUGGACAUCUUUACGCUUUUCUCACAGGCCGUCGUAAUUAUCAUUUACGAGGCCAUUGCCGUAAAGAAUGCCCAGCGCCGCCACGGCCAUGCGUGCGGCGCGCAGCUUUGAGUCACGGCAAUCAAACGGUGCGGCACAGCCAUCGGGUGUCGCCGGCUCCUGAGUCCCCCAUACGCUUAUGGACAAAAACGAGUGCAUCCCCGCCCUGUCCGAACACAGGCAAAACAGCCUCAAGUAUUUGUGGAUGUUUGCUUUGCGGACAAGGCCCGGCUUUGUUGGCCCCAGUCUGCCUGGAUAUCACAAGGCAAUUUGCACGUCUCGGGCAGCGCAUGCAGGGCGCGGCGUUGUGUGCACGCCGAUUGCGCCUUUCCAGGCAGCCUGUCCCCCACAUCCCGCGAUGGGCGCUGGGCUCGACGCUGCAACGGCAAUUUGAAAUCGCUGGGGCCGCGUGGCGCCAGGCCCGGGGCUGGCCUGAGACCACCGAUAUGGGGGCCGCCAGACUCCACAAACGGGCCCACGGCUUUUUCGGGCACACUGCGUGCGCCUUGCCCUGCGUUCUUUUUGGCCCGAUAUAUAUAUAUAUGUGUUUUAUUUUUAUUUUUUUUUGGAUUUGAAGGGCUUAUCGUUGGCGCCUCCGUCUUUCCCAUCUUGUUUUCUGCUUGCCGAUAGGGCCCUGCGCGCUAUCAGUGCGGCGUUCGGAGGCAGCGUCUGGCAUCGCGAGCCCGCAUGAGGCCCUAAUAUUGCAACCGCAUUGCAAGGGCCAAUGCAGAAGCCGGCGCUUUUCCAAGGCGGUUGUGUGUUGUUCUGGCAGCCGGAGCCAGAGCUCGUAC